AUGUCUUCGUUGCUCGGUCUCUUUACGAAAUUUUCUCGACGCACUCUCCAACCAAGCGUCUUUCCACUCUUAACUCUGCAAAAAAGAGCCAGACAAACUAACCCUUACGACUCCCCUUCUGCAUCGGCCAGAAUUCUCGCACCUUCAGCAUCUGGGUUCACAAAACGAGAUCUUGAGGUAUUGCAAGUGAGUUUUAAGCCAGCCGACAAGUACGAUGUUAUACCCGAUAUCAAAGUUACAAAUUUUCCUGAACAAUACCUUCUCCCCUACAUCAAUCACGAUCUGCUUAUCAAUCGAAACUUCAAUGUUGAAAAUUUCACUGAAAUUUUGGAUGACCACGUCAAAACAUUUGUUGACAAACUGCACGAUGUUGUCAAGAAUUCGGGUCUCGAUGCAGGCACGAGUGAAUCUACGACUGACACUUUAGUAAACGAUCUGGUACUUCAUGUUGUCAACUUUGAUACUUGGCCCUUUAAAGUUAGACUUCAACCACCCCUCAAACUAAUCGCGAGGAAUGAAUCUGUGACAGCAGAACCCAAAUUUGUGAUUAAUAAGAGACAAAUUGCUUUAAUAGGUGCAGAGAUCUAUAUGUUUUUGAUGCUUGAAAAUGGUUUUGGAGAAUGGCAGAUUGCUGGUGAAAUACUUGCCUGCGGAUAUGAGAAUGUGAUUAAGAAUUAUGUGGAUCAAGAAAUUUUUGCCUUUCGUGUCAUUUCUACUUAUGUAACAUUUUACCGAGCUGAAAUCUCCGUAUCAUAUUGGGAGGCGCUUUAUGAAACUCUGCCCAGUCGUGAUUAA